CUCCUCCUAUAUCCAGUAUAUUCUUUAGUAUGUUGCUUUCGCUCGUUUGUUUGUAUUUUUAAUUAAUUGUGCAUACAUGUAUACAACGUUCUAGUUUUAGUGUUUUUUUUUUUAUAAAAGAAAAAGUGUAAUUCUCGCAAGUACUAGUGGCACAAUUAAACAAAAAUGUCCGAUAAAUUCAAUGGAUUUAGUCAAGAUGAGAUAAAUCGUGUUUCUGGCCAAAAGAAUAAAAAACUUCCAAUUGACAAUGGCAUUAAACCAGCAACAUUUCGUGGACACGGUGGCAUCAGACGUAUGCCAGACAAAAGUGAAAUCAAUCGCCUACAGAAAAUGCAAGGUAAUAUGGCAGCAAAUAAAAAGAAUCUAGCAGAUAAAAUUCAGCAAAUGGACACAAUUGACUCCAUGGAGGAAAUAAAUCUGGACAGCAGUCUUUCUAAGUCGAUAGAAGAAGCUUUAUUCUACAAACCGCCAGAGAAAUCACAACAGCAGUCAAACGAAACAACGACGACGACAUCAAAAACACCAGCUACUAACACCAUGGCAAGAACACCAACAUUGACAACGUCACGUCCGAAUAUUGCUGCUGGCCAGCCAUAUACUCACAAAGAGUUAGAUUCACAACAACAACAGCAACAAACAUCUAAUACAUCUUCCAUAUUGAAAUUGAACUUGGAAGAUGAAAGCAAAAUAUCUUCAACGUGUUCCAAUAGCAUGGAUGAUGAUGAGUCCAUUUUACCCUCCGCGGCAGAUGAGAAAACCAAUGAUGCCUUUGUCCCACCUAGUUCGUUGAAUGUGCAAUCGCCUUUUAGGGGAAUAUCAUUGAAAGAUUUCGAGACUCAUCGAAAAAUGAUUGAAGAACAAAAUCGCCAGAAAAAAGAUAUGCUCUACAAAAUCAUUGAACAACAUUCCCAAAAAACCGCUGCAGAAGCUCGAAAAAUUGCAGAAAUAAAGGCAGAGCUUUCCAAAUUGGACAACGAUCUGGCAGUUGAUGUGGCCGUACUAAGGAAACAAAUCGAAGCGGCAUGCAUACAUUUCUCCAAUAUUGAAAAAAAUUAUUUAAAAAUUGAGGCACAAUUUCUGAAAGCCAAAAUGGAUUUGCAUAAUGCCUCAGAGAAAAAGGAACUGCUGACAGAACAUCUGUGUACCGUCAUAGCCCACAAUGAGGAUCGUAAGGCACAAAAACUAACGGAACUUAUGGAAAAAGUUGGCCUAUCAUCUCCCAAUAACGGCGACUAUGAACCGCCAAGUUCAACAUCAAAAUAAAAUCGAUUAUAUUAUAUAAUUUUAAUUAAGAAAAUGUUUAUGUUUUAGGCAAUAAUGUGUAAUUAUUAUUAUAUUUUGCAAUCUCUCUAUGUACAAAGAAGUAUUUAUUUAAUUAUAUUGUGUAUGCAUGUUUUUUUUAUUUAGAUGUUGUUCACAAAAUCGACAUAAAUAAUAUAUAUAGCGAUUUUACUUGCCUUUCCUAUUUGUAAUACUGUGUAAUAAAAAAAUAAAAAAACAUA